GCAACACCUACAAAACCAGAACUGAAACCUCAAACCCAGGAAUUGGCAACACCUACAAAACCACCAGAACUGAAACCUCAAACCCAGGAAUUGGCAACACCUACAAAAACCAGAACUGAAACCUCAAACCCAGGAAUUGGCAACACCUACAAAACCAGAACUGAAACCUCAAACCCAGGAAUUGGCAACACCUACAAACCACCAGAACUGAAACCUCAAACCAAGGAAUUGGCAACACCUACAAAACCAGAACUGAAAUCUCAAACCAAGGAAUUGGCAACAACAAACAAACCAGAACCGAAAUCUCAAACCAAGGAAAUGGCAACACCUACAACACCAGCAGAAAACUCCCAACAACUUGAAGAAGAUCUAGUCAUGUCAAGUUCACCCAAAAUAUGCCAGUCCCAUCAGUCUCCCAUGGAAAGACAACUCCUGAAGCAAAGAAAAAUGAGAGUGAGGCAAAUGAGAGUUAUCUCCCCUUGGAACCUGAAUCACAGCGGCGGUUUGACAAAACAUUGGGAUCUUGUUGUUUGUUGGUGAAUCCAAACAGUGUUGUGAAUGCAGUAGAUAAGAAUGUGACAAGGUUACAGCUACAUAAUGGUUUGCCUCACACAUAUUCUGUGUAUCACUUGCUGAAGAAACUUGAAAAUUUACAGGUACUGGACCUCUCAGGCAAUAAUCUUGGUCCCCAGGGUUUCCGCAGUGUCUGUUUGGCGAUGUGUUCCAACACAUCAGUCGUCAGUCUCAACCUCGCAGACAACAGAUCCGACACAGACAGUGCCGAGUGUGUUGGUAGACUGUUGUCUCACAACAAGUCUUUGGUGUACCUGGAUGUCUCCAGUAACAAUUUGGGCAAGGAUUAUUUUUCUCGCUGUGUCGGGCCAGCACUCAAGUCCAACUCCACUCUUCAAACUCUGAGGGCAAAAAGUAUCGGGUCUACGAACAUGAAGGUUUUGCUCGACAUCCUGGUGGACAACACAACACUGACCAGCAUAGAUCUCAGCAGUAAUGGACUGUCCGAUCGGGCGAGUCUUGGCACAGCAUUCUCCCACUGGAUCAAGAAGCUGGGCUGUUGUCUCACAUCUGUCUCACUCAGCAGCUGUGAGAUGAACCCUGCCAGCCUGUCUCUCCUGUGUGAUGCCAUGUCUCACAACACAUGUCUCACUGAAAUCAAUCUCAGUGGCAACGAGUUCGGCAGUCUCAAGCUCGUGGCAAGGUUCAUUGCAUCAGCGUGUUCUCAAGGAAAAGUGAGGAAUCUCCACAUGAACGAUGCCAGAGUCCAAGACCAGGUUGUCUCAUUACAAGACCUGCCCGAGUCACCAGACCCUCAGUCGGUUUCACCAGCGCUGCAAGUCCUGAGUCUACAUUCCAGCAACAUCGCCAACUCUCUUUUCUCAGUAGUUAGAGAGUGGUCAAAGGGGAGACAACUCCAUGUCACGGAUCUAGAUAUCACCAACAACCAGUCACUGACGCCUGACUGUAUAGAGGAUAUCAUCAGUAUUACUUCAGAUUCUUCUGGUCACAGCUCUCUACAGAGGUUUACCUAUGGAAUGAAUAGCUCAGAGACUUUGCCACAGAAGCUGAAUAUGAGUUCACUCCCUUGCCUUACCUACCUCAACCUGAGAAAAGCUAAGAUUUCUCCUGCAAAGAUUGUUGAAAUAUGUGCUGGUUGUCUAUCUGGGGAGUCAUUGCUGUCUGCGAUGGUGUUGGAUGGUCUCAAGCUUGCCGGUACAGAUGCAGUACCUCAGUUGUGUGGUCACUUGAAACAAUCAAAGGUCACAACCUUGAGUUUUGGUGGAUGUUCAUUGGCAGAUAGUGACCUUUCACCCCUCUGUGACCUUAUUGGUCAAGGUCAUCCAAUCCACAUGCUCAAACUGUCAGCCAAUCGGAUCACUGACACAGGAGUCGGGUGUUUGGUGGAGUGUCUUCUAAAGCAGCCGUCACAUCCUCUAGGAGUUUUGGAUCUCUCCAACAACACGAUUGGCAACGAUGGCGCUACAGCUCUCAGUCAGCUUUACGUUACGAAGACACAUCAGUCAUCUCUCCACAGUCUAAACCUGGCAGGCAAUACUAUUCGUAAAGAUGGAGUUACCUCCCUUGUCUCUGUGUUGGGCGGAAGGCGGUGUUUGAAGACACUCUACCUCAAUGACCAGCGUGAUGCUAUAGAUGAAUCUGACAUGGAGGAUGUAUAUGGGAGAUUGGCCAUAGCGCUUGAUUUGAAAGUGUCCAAAGUGGAUGGCAAUUUUCAGCCCAACAGCAGUGAUCUCCCUUCCUUGCCAGAAAACCUCAUGGUAAACCUGAAAAACCUAGGGGGACAGCCAGGAUCACUUGGGAAGCUAUUGCACUCUCGUACUGUUGUAACAGACACUACGCAGGAUCUGCUGACUGGGCUCACACUGUCAGGAGUUCUAGAGAUGAGUGCUGCACUGAAAGGACUGGGUUCCUCUGAGUGUGUAAUGUCUGUCGAGGAGUGGAAUCUCAUCACAGGUGCCAACAAGGACAGAGAAGUGCCGUCUUGGCUACAGCUUCCAGAUCGUCGAGAACGAGCGGUGUACCUGUGUAGUCUCCCUGGCAAUGUGUCGGUACAGAAGCUGGAGGGGAUGUUGGAGAUGGAAGCUGACUGCAAUGUGGAGGAGGUGGUGCUCAUCAAGGAUCCAGUGACAAAAUCCAACACUGGAGUAGCAUGGGUGCUGUUCUCUGAUGGAGAUUCCGUCAGGAAAGCCAUUGACUUCUACCGUCAAGGGGAGGCGAAAAUAUUUGGUCAACCAUUUUCCAUCUCUCGGAUAUGUGUGAAGAUUGAUGAUGAGAUGAACUCUGACCUUGAAGCAAAAGCCAGACAGGACCAGGAGACCCGCGUCAAGGCCCGUCGUGCUGAGGAUGCUGCUCACCGGGCCCUCAUACAACAGAACACAGAGGAGUCAUGGAAACGCCACGCCUACCGCCUCGCUCACCCGGCAUACGCUGACGGCAGGAUUUGGUGAACGGGUCCGAGAAUGGCGGAAACACUGCUCCUCCUGCAUGACAUUUUGAAGGCAGGAUGUGAUGAUGUGGUUGUUACAACAACGUCCAGAGUAGGACAUGGCUCACAUGGACAGAACAACAAGAUGGAGCCACCUCUGAAGGGUUAUACUGCUUAUUUACUCUACACAGCUGAAGGAAAGUCAGUCCUGUUAGUCUUGAAGUGUCGGGCGUUAUACCCUUCCAGAUAGCCACUUAGUCUGACCACUCCACUGGUCUGGGAUGAUGUAAAUCAAGAUUUUGUUAUUCAAUGUUAACACUGGUGUGUCGUUCAAGUCCCUUUCCGGUGUCCCCAGCCGUGAUAUUGCUGGAAUAUUGCUAAAAGCGGCGUAAAACCCAACUCACUCACCCAUACUGCCUAGCAAUCCCUGCAAUGCUAAAGCCCUAUAUGAAGCAAUUCUAAAUUUCCUUAGAAUCCCCCUGGGUCUCCUUUUCAAAUUAAAUGGAUUAUUUGUUACGAUCAAAAUUAUAUUAAAAAUAAAUUAUAUAUAUAUUCAGAGACUAAGCAUUAGCCUAGAUGUCAUUUGGCAGUAGAGAUUGUUUUAAGUUUGUG